AUGUUCUUAGACUGGAACUGGGUUGAUUUGCAGAACAAGCAUUUAGUCAACAAUGUAGGUAUAGAGUGUGGUGCCAUGAAGUCAACAAAAUCAGGUCAGAAGUGGGCCCACGUUGCUUGUGCCCUUUGGAUUCCCGAGGUGUCCAUUGGCUCGGUCGAACGAAUGGAGCCUAUUACAAAGAUUCCAAACAUCCCUCAAAGUCGAUGGGCACUGGUCUGUGUCUUGUGUCGGGAACGGCGAGGUGCAUGCAUCCAGUGCUCGGUUAAAACCUGCAAAACUGCCUAUCAUGUGACCUGCGCUUUCAAGCAUGGCUUAGAGAUGAAAGCAAUCAUUGAAGAUGAAAGUGCAGAUGAUGGUGUGAAAUUGAGGUCUUAUUGUGAGAAGCAUAGUGUUGCAAGCAAGAAGGUAGGAUGCGAAGCAGAGAGUGACGCCGAAGAGGGAGCCCCGAAGAAGAAGAAGGACUGGACCUCGGAGCAGAAGAACCAGGCUCGAGCUGCCAAACUGCGGCAGAUCGAGUCUGAAUUCUACAAGCAUGUCGAUGUCCUGGAAACUUCAAACUUCUUGGACAUUGACUUUGAGACAACCGAGACUAUUUUUAACUACUGGAAGCUAAAGAGACGGGCUGGUUUCAACAAGCCACUCUUGACGCCACGCAGUGAAGAAAUAGACCUUCUUUCCCAUCAGCAGGAGCAUGAUAUUGAGCGCAUGAAGAUGUUCGUGCAAUUAAGGCAGUACUUGGAGAGGGUUCGUAACCUCUGCUACAUGGUCAGUCGUCGUGAGAGACUCUCCAGAUCCUUCCUUAAAACGCGAGAGCAGACCUUCUCAAAGCAGGCAUCCAUUCUGGCCAGCAGCGGCAUGAACUUGACGCAGCAGGAGGUAGAUGCGGUGAUGCAGGCCAAUCAUGGUCCUUCUGUGUAUGACCAGUUGUAUUCCCACCCUAGUGCUCCUAGCCACACGCAAAAGCAUUUCGAGAAGAUUGUAGCUUGCAUAGCUGGCACUCUCACAGAGAAGGUGAAACCCAAGAAGGAACCAGAGAAGAAGGAUGUCAAUGGCCUUAUUAGAACAUCAAAAGACAAGACAGACAAUCCGUAUAAGAAGAUGUAUGUCAACGGGGCAGAACAGCGCCGGUCACGCUCUAGCUCUCUGUAUAGUACUUCUGACUCCGAUUCUUCUCUCGCUUCCACGAAAUGGUCUCUGCCUACGAAAGGUAAUACUCGUUAUUCUGUUUACACAAGUAGUGAAGAGGAAACCAACAAGGAAAAUCACUCGGUCAAGCAGGAGCCCCCAUCAAGUAAGAGCAAGUUACCAUUCCUUGACAGUAGUGACAAAGAAAAGCCAAAACUUGAGCCCAUUAGCAGACCUGCGAGGGGAAGGGUGGGUAGGAGAAGAGGGACGGGGAGAGCUAGUGCCAUUAAGAGCAGGUCGUUCAGGGACCGGAUGGCGCACGGCUCGAGUGAGGAAGAUGUUAAGAAGUUUGAUAAUUUGAUAACUGAGAAAACUGUUAAAACAGAAACUAAUGCCUCAUCUUCAAAGACAGUGAGGGAGCGUCCCAGUGUAGAUACUUCUGAGGAUGAGGCAGAACCAGUUAGUAAACCCAAACCACAACCCAGCAAAAGAAGAAACAAAAGGAAGGUGACGCCAUCUAAGUUAGACUCGAGUGUAAGUAGUGAGGACGAGCCAGUGGUGACGGUGGCUACAGCUAAGGAGAAAAAGCCCAGUCGUCGGGGCAAGUGGUCGAAAAAUAUUCUGAGUAGCCAGACUACCAGUGUAAGUUCACCAGUAUCUGAAGUUCCAAAGUUGGAGCUUAGUGAUGAUGAUGAACUGGGUCCUCCCACCUACAAGCUGUCCAGUGACGAGGACAACAACAGUGAAAAGAGUAAUGAGCCGGCAGUGAUGAGCAGUGAUAUCUUUGGUGUAAGUGACCGGACAGACACUAGUUCUGACAAUGGUCGGGAUACGGCUUUAAGUAAAGGACCAAAGAAACAUGAUAAGAAGAAUGAAAGUAGAAUAAGUGAUAGUGAUGUGAACAGUGAUGAUGAAAACAAGGAAAGUACCACAGAUUCUCAAAACCAUGCAACACUGAAGACAAAGGCAGCUAAGAAAGAGUUUACUCCAAAGAUUGAGGCAAAGGCAGAGAGAAUGAACAAAAAGAAAACAGAUAAGGUUGGUAGAACAGUAAGAAAAACAGCCAGUGCUGAAAGGUGUAAAAGUGAGACAAGACAGUCAGAAGAAAUUGAAGUGGAACAUGGAGUUACGAAGAGCGAAGUUGAAGCAACACCAGGUCAUAUGUUUGUGCCACAGAGGAAAGCUGCAAAGAAAGCAUCAGAACUCAUCACUAGUCAGAAUACAACAAGUACUUCAGCCAGUGCAACUGCAGGUAUGGCUGGACCAGCAACUGCAGAUGUGGCAGACAUCAAGAAGUCAGUAGGAAAACCAAUCAAGGAGAUCAAGGAAGAUCCAGAUGAGCCUGAGAUCAUUGAAGAGAAGAAGGUCCUGGAGGAGAAGAGAAUAACACCCACAAAGGGCAGGAAGAGCAAGAGCACAAAGGAAAAGAAUGAGAAAGUCAGUGAAGAAAAGAGCGAAUCUUCUGAUGUUCCCAAGAAGAACCUCUUUGAGCCACCGGAAAUUCUGCCGUACGUCCCCAUGCGACAGGCUGCUAAGAAGGCUGCUGAAAAUCUGAAGGGUGGCAACAGUAAGGCAGGAGCAGCUGCAUCCAGUGGCACAGAGGAGUCUGAGUUGCCAACAGCAGCUCCUGUUGUGUCACCUACUAAAAACAAAAGAAUCUCACGGAUGGAAGGGAAGUCUGGGCCAAGAUCAAAAUCCAAAUCUCCUCGUGCAGCUAAGCCUGUGUCAUCAGCUACUGUUUCAGACUCGGGCUCAGAAAGUGAUUCUGAUUUGAAGUUCUCCAAGUCAAUAUUUUCUGACAGUGAUGAAGAGAGUGUCAUCAAAAAAGACAAAGCUGCAAAGGAUAAAACUGAUCCUCUUACUGAGGUAUACAAGGAAGCAAAGACAAACAAGCAGUUUUUUCGUGGCGACAUCUAUAUACGACCAUACCAAAGCUCCUCAGAUGAAAACGAGGAAGGAAGACCAGCCACACCAGGAAGAAAAUCCCUCCUAUCUCACACUUCUAAAUCAACUGGUGAUGAGUUUCAAGAUCUCUCCAAAAACCAGCUCUUUCGAGGCCCCUCAAGCAUAUCAGGCGACUUACAGCUCACCUCUGACAGUGAUGAGCGGGAGGAUGAGAACCAGGAACCGGCAGCUGGAACCCUCCGGAAGGCCCCUGACAAGAAGCUUAAAACUUCCGAAGGGCGGCCUGAACAUGGGUUUCAGCCGCCGAUUACUGAGAGAAGUGAAUCCGGAAUGUCCAAUGAGACGGAAGACCAUCGUUCUAAAUCACCCACCAGAAGAGAGACUGGAUUGGAGUCAAGAUUACGUCAAAGUGGGCCUCAGUGCCGACCGAGAACUCCUCCUGGUGAUGUCUCCGUGCAAGACUUCAGAAGUAACUCUCAUGCACCAUCGAGAGGACGAAGAAGAGGAAGAGAGAGAGAACCGGUUCCACUCUCCCAAGACAUUGGCACCAGUCAUAAACUCCAUACCAGAAGAGAGGUACAGCCUGAGGAGACACUCAAAUCCAUCAAAAAGACCCCAGAGAGAAGCAGCCAAGAGAAAUCUGGCUCCUCCAAAGGAAGUACCACAGAAAAGGAGGAGACACUGAAGGAAAAGGAGGUAGUGCAAAGGGACAGAAAAGAAUUCCUGAGAGAAAAGAAAGACCCAGUUCUGGAAAAGAAGGAAGUCCUCCAAGGGAAGGAAUCAUUACAACAAAAGGCAAAGAAUGAUUCACUGCGAGAGAGAGCAGUUGGUGGAAAGGAGAAGCAGUUUGUUUUGCCUGGAGAUAAGGAAGUUAAGGCUGCAGAGAAAGACUUGUUACCUGAAAUAACGAACUUACAAGGAGAGAGUAAUGAGAUUAUAAUAGAAAAGGAGGUUCAUAAAGACAAGAAAGAGUCUCAGAGAGAAAAGGUUUUGUCACCCAGAGAGAAAGUGGUAUCUCCCAGAGAAAAGGGUCUGUUCCAAAGGAAAAAGGUUUUGUCUCCAAGAGAGAAAGUUUUGUCUCCAAGAGAGAAAGUUUUGUCUCCAAGAGAGAAGGUUUUGUCUCCAAGAGACACCCAGAGAGAAAGUGGUAUCUCCCAGAGAAAAGGAGAGAAGGUUUUGUCUCCAAGAGAGAAGGUUUUGUCUCCAAGAGAGAAGGUUUUGUCUCCAAGAGAAAAGGUUUUGUCUCCAAGAGAAAAGGUUUUGUCUCCAAGAGAAAAAGUUUUAUCUCCGAGAGAGAAGGUUUUGUCUCCAAGAGAAAAGGUUUUGUCUCCAAGAGAAAAGGUUUUGUCACCCAGAGAGAAAGUGGUAUCUCCCAGAGAAAAGGGUCUGUUCCAAAGGAAAAAGGUUUUGUCUCCAAGAGAGAAAGUUUUGUCUCCAAGAGAGAAGGUUUUGUCUCCAAGAGAGAAGGUUUUGUCUCCAAGAGAGAAGGUUUUGUCUCCAAGAGAGAAGGUUUUGUCUCCAAGAGAAAAGGUUUUGUCUCCAAGAGAAAAAGUUUUAUCUCCGAGAGAAAAAGAAGGAAUGGCCCCCGAGAAAGUCAUAUCACCAAGAGAAAAGAAAGACAUCCUAAGAGGGAGAGACACCAGCAGAGAGAGAGGAGAAUCGCCUAAAGAAAGAAGAGAACCAAUCCGAGAUAGCGAUUCUCUUGAAGAAAAAUAUGACAAAGAAAAGGAACCUCCAAAAGACAAGAUAGAGACGGCUGAAGAAACCAUGCCCGUACCAUUUAGCAAGCCAGAUCUGCUAAAUGAAAUUGCUGAACCCUCGAGAGAACCUGUGGAUAUCUUUGGACAGAGAGAGAAAGCUUCUGAGAAGAUUGAACCUAUUCUGGAAAAAGAUCGCCCGCAGAAACCGACAGAACCACCAGUCAGAGAGGAGGACUCGAGAGUGGCAGCCGAACCCCCAGGAGACGAAAGAGAGAAGGAUGCAAUUCCAAAACCAGUAGAAACCGUGAAGAGAACAGAACAGCAACAGAAGUCAGGGGUGUUUGGAUUCGUAGGUGUAGAUUUGGAAGUUGAAAGAUUAGAAGAUAUUGUUGAAACAUCAGAUACUGAACCAGAACCCAAGAAAGUCCGAAUUGGUGAUAGUGAUGAAGACUCCAUAAAUGUUGUAGGAGAAAAGCGAGUCGAACAGCCGAAGGACAGUGGAUAUAAGAGUGCAAUAACUACACCUGAACCUGUAGAUAGAGUUCAUGCAGUGUGUAAUGACAUGGUAAAUGUAAAUAGUGUUGUAAAUAAUUUUAUGAGUGAUGAGUCACGUUUGGAAACUGUAGAUGUGACUAGCAAGACCCCGGUGGUGUUGCCAACCCCAGUGGAAGGGAGACAAGUGCUGAACAAGUUUGUCUCCCCCACUAGAAGAAAGAACUUGGAGGAUGUUAUAGGCGAGAUGAAGAGACAGGCUGAAGCACAACCUGAAGUACAGCCAGAAGCACAAGCUGAGCCCACCAAACCUGUAGCUCCCCCAGAGAGACAGAAUGAAGUCACAGCCUCCUCUCCUCCUCACUCCCAGGCCAACUCUUUCUCAGUUCCCCCUGUGCCAGAAUCCUCAGUAGCCUCUCCUCAAGCAUCGUCUGCUGAGGCUUUACCUCCCAAGAGUUCAUCCUCCCCAGGUGCUAACUUCAGAGAGCAGUGGCGAGGGCAGUGGGAGAAGAGUCCUCCUCAACCUGAGCAUAAAGUGGAUCCAGGGACCGGACCGCACUUGCCUCACCUUCCCAUGCCUGGCCUCGAGUUGGGCCUGCCCUCCUCCAUGUCAAUGCUUGAUCUGCAACGAGCCAUGUACUCUGCUGAUGCCCAACAUCCGCUGUUCAGCGCCUUUGAUUUUUUGAAUGCACGUACUAUGUUCACCAGUCAGUUUCGUCAAAUGGUAGAAGCUGGUAUCCCUCCACCAAUCUUCAAUACAACUCUAAUACCAGCAUACUUGCAGCAGCGUAGUGCCAAUGAGUUAGCUGCUUUAAGUCAACAGCAGUAUCCACCACCUGCUCGAGAAAAUCAGAUUCCAGAUAAAACAAGUAUGUGUUCUCAGGAAAUGUCCAGAUUGUCAGCACAUGAUGACAGACCUCCAACUCCAGAACUGCCUACAACAGAUGCCAAGGCAGGUAGCAGACAGGCUACAUCAAGCAGUAAAACUACGAAGCCACUAUCUUCUCCAGGUAGUGUGAUGACUGCACCACCUCUCUCAUCUCCUUUGGCUCAGAGCAACAAGGUAGUCCCAGGCCUUGUUUCUCCUACAACCAGUAGAGGACAACAUACAAGAGAAGAACAACCUUCUCCAGUAUUACCAAACAACAAAAUUGCACAACCACAACCUUCUCCUUCAAGUAUAUAUAAUAAAAAUGAAAAUGUACCAGUUUCUACAGCAUCUCAACCACAGGCAACAACCGUAGCCCCAACAGACAUUUCUUCUACAAGUCAUUCAGUAUUAUCGUCAUCAGUCAGCAGAACAGCAAGCCAGCCUCAAGUAUCACCUCAGUCCAGUAAAUCAUCACAGGCACCUGUCCUAUCACAGCAGUCCAGCAAACCUUCACAAGCUCCUGUAGUAUCACAGCAGUCUAGUAAACCAUCCCAGGUGCCUGUAGUGUCGCCACAGUCCACGAAGCCCUCUCAAGCUCCUGUGACCUCCACCACAACCUCAACAGAGAGCAGUGUGACCAUUACAAAGGUCAGCAGACCCCUGGUAUCUCCGGCGAGAAAUUCUGUAGUUAGUAGCAAGAUGAGCAUUGUCCCUCCUGCUUCAAACUCAGUUGUGUCUGUGGCUAAAACGAUAACUACAACUACAACUACUACAACCACUACUAGUCUAACCUCCGCCUCCGUAAGCAAAUCUCCACUGCUGUCAGUGACAAGCCCCGCCACUGUACCCAGUCAGAAGGAAUCGCCAUUGCAAAUUGCUGUUGAAGUACCUGAUUCAAAGAUUGAAACUAUUACCGUAGAUGACAGUGUUCUUCAUCAAAAGGAAGAGCCUGCACCAAAACGCGUGCCAAUAUACAUGCAAGAAGCCAAGUCACAGAAAGCACCUGAGAAGAAGUCUCCAAGAUCCCAGGCAUCAUCUCCGAGAUGGGUGAACAAGGAAAGCACAAAGGCAAGAGAGAAGAAGGGUAGCAAAGUCAACAGAGCUGCAUACAACAAGGGGCGAGGCAGGAGCACUGGCAAAGGGAAAGGUCGUGGUCAAAGCCCAAGAUUUAACUCUAUAUCAGUGCCUAAAGAGCUGGUUGGAACAGUGUACGACUUUGAUUUUGACAACGAAUUUGAUGAUGGCCCAGCCAACAACACCCUGGAUGACUUGCGAAAAUCCAGAGAAAAGCGACAAUCCGUUGACACAACACCUCAACAAUCGCUAACACCAACUUACACUAUAGAGCACAAAGAACAAACUAAAAAGUCAAGCAAAAAAUCAAAGUCAUCCCAGAAAGAGAAGGGGGUUACCAAGUCGGCAGAUGAUGGUGACAAAGUUGCCAAAAUACUUGAGGAUUACCGGAACACGCAAAACUCUCAGCUCCGGCGAAGCACGCACUCUCCUAGUCCACCUCGCGGCGACGACAUGCUAGAGGGCCCAUCGAAAUCUCCAGACAAAAUUCAAGACAUCCCACAGUUCACUUCAGAGUUCACCUCGAGCAUUCCGGAAACCAAGCUUACAAUAUCAAACUUGAGUGAUGUCAGAGAUUCAAAUCCAACAUCAGAGUUGUCUGUCUUGCCCAAGAGUACAGGAGACGAUAGUAGAGUGUCACUGACAGUGCCAACAGCUCAAAUUGGAAUCGACGAGAGAACAAACCAACUCAAACUGAAGAUCAAAGGACCAUACGCUAACUCAUACUCCGCAACCAACACGUCAGCUGCGCCACAGGAAGCAGUGGGAGCUCCUACUCCAACGUCUACAACAUCAACGUUAAGAAGAAUGAGGAAGAAGGAAUUGAUUCGUCAGUAUUGCUAUCAGGAUCAAAUGCCAAACGAGCCGGCGGAAUCUGGACCCAUCAACAGCACUCCAAACCCUCCCCCACAAUUAAGAACUGGCAUCACCAUUCCAAAGGCUGUUGCUUCCAUGCCUUCUAUACCAACGCGAGAAGACUACAAAAUGUACACGCAGGACGAGACCCCAGCAGGAGGUGGAGGUGGAGGCAGAAGAAAGAGACCGCCCCGGGAAUUAAGACACUUGGACUGGUCUGUGAUGGAGGACUCUGGGAAGAGGAACUCGGAAACGACAGAAGGUGGCGAUGUGAUAAGAAAAAGACCAAGAGCGGCUAAGGAGGCUGCGAAGAAUCUAGACGAAAAAGAUGUAUCAAGUGCCAAACCUCCUCCAAAGUUACGUAUUAGUUUAGGGAAGAAGGGAAGUGAAGUUACAACUGUGACAGCAGACUCCAAAGAUUUUGGUGGAAAGCAGCGACCGCCUAAAAAGCGGAUUGCCGAAGAAAAUGCGAUGGUUAAGAUCAAGAAUGACAACAUGAAAUUUCGAGAACAGAUCAUGGCAGACUUUGAUAAAGGGGAAAAGAAGAGUGGGGUGAAGGGAACUGACAGAGAAAAGAAAGCCAAGAAACGCAAGAUCCUCCUUGGCGAAAGCAGUGCAGACGGCAAGGAUGGUAGUUGUGAUGACCAGCACGAUGUGAAGGUCUUCACAGGAGACAGUACGAAUGCUCCCAAGUUAGUCAUAAGGUUUUCGAAAGCGAAGAGUGAAAGUUCUAGUGGUAAUAAGAAUAUCAAGAGUGAGGCCAAUAAUGCUGGAGGUCACAAAGAGGAGCGGAGUGAUUCGGAUUCUGUGAUGAAUCCAUCCUUAAAAAUUCGAUUAUCGGUGCCUAAACUAGACUCUGAGUCAACGAAGGAAGAGUCCUGUAUUCCUAAAAUCCCCCUCAAAAUAAAAUUUUCGAGGGUUUCAGAUGGCUACGUUGCUUCCAACACUCCGCGCAAGUUAGAAGCUGACGAACAAGAUCAAGGGCCAGGCCCUCCUGCACCGAAACCUCCUGACCUUCCCCCGGAACCUUUACACGAGAAAUUAAUUCCUGAAACCUCACAACCAUCGCCACCAUCAUCAUUACCCCCACCACCGACUCAACAGCAGCCGUUACCGCAACAGGAACAGCAGCAGCAGUAUGUACAGCAACAACCACAGCAACCAGUCCAACAUGCCAUAUCUGAGGUGACUGAGUGCCCUCCUCACCUUGAAUCUCGGAUACCACAGGCAGGAAACAUUCCCCUCCCCCUCGGCCCCUAUGACCCCGGCUGGCCACCGUCGUAUAGUGCAGCGGAGCAACUGGGAUUGCCCAAGAUGGACUACGGCCUCGGCUCCCUGAGUGCGCCGUCGAGAUCAGAGUGCCCAGAGGAAAUGUUUCAGAGAUUAGAGGCUCAAAUAGCAGCUACAGGAGGAACUGUACCAGAAGGUGGAGGCCCCGCCAGCAGUCUCGGCCCCAGACAAACUUCUGGACCACCUCUCCCAGACGUCCCGUCGUUACGCCAUACACUUUACCCGUACAAGGAAGGCUCUGACUGCAGAUGAUAAUUGCUUCUCUUUGAUAGUAAUAACUUUAAUAUUUACAAUAAUGUAACAAAACUACCAUAAUUAUGUACAAAUGUAGAUACCGUUGGUGUUGCUCACUCGAUGCACGAUGUUAGUUACGCAAGGAUUAAAUCACUUGCAUCUCAUAGCCUCAUCCAGGCCGUCAGUUUUGUUCUUUUUAUUAAUGUAAUGUUCUGCACUGUCAUUUGUUAGGGAAAAAUACUCGCUCCCCACAGGGAUUCUACCUUGGUACAGCUACACUCUGUUGGCAAAGAUUGUUGAUGUGAUCGUCGGCCCGCGCGGGACCACCACAGCAUCCCCCUCUCCCCCCCAAGCCAUGUUAUGGUAGUUGUUUACUCACCUGGGGCGUCCCUCAUCCCCACCUUGCUGUGUGUGUGACGCCCAUGGGUCAUUUGCUCCGCCCUCGGUAUCACGUGCUGAUUUUUAUCAAAUGGCCGUUUCAGCCAGGUGAAUUGUGUUGUUUCCUCGCCUGUUUUACUGUCACUUUUGUAUGGAGUGUGAGGGUGGUUGUUGUUGAGCGUGGCAGUGUUGUGGGCACGGCGCCCCCGACCCUCGGCCGGGCCCUGCACCAUCGGAAGGACCCCUGCCCCCCGGGCCUCGGGCGCCGGUCCUGUCGUCCCGGGGAGGACUUGUGUUCCCAUAUUUUGAUAUCUUUUUUACCAUUGUAAAUAGGAAGGAAUGUACAAAUUACUGUAUUUGCUUUUUGUAAUUUUAUUACUUUUGUACAGAUUUUAGUUCUGAUUGCUCAUCAGACAUAACUUAUGUUUUAUCAAAAGUUGGAUUUAUUUAUUUUUUGACUUCUCUAAAUGUCACAAAUUUCCAUGCCAUUACCAUCGAUUGAUAUUUUUUAGAUUUCUUCGCUUUUUAAUUCUACUCUUCUUUGUUGUAAGUACACGUUGUUUCCAUGGAGACUUUUGAGUUCUUUAUGUAAUAGAAGGCAGAAGAUUGUAAUAUAUUUCUUGAUCCCUCAACAGAGAAAUAGUCUUGUAAAUCUUAGUGUCAUGUGAUACAUUAAUAUUAUUGAAAUAUAAAUUUUUUAUGUUAUA